AUGGAGUCACGACCAGAUGUCGUGGCUGCGCGUAACCCCGGACCCAACUCCGGGGCAGACCCCGAGGAAAAGGAGGACGUCACCACAUUUUACCUCGCUGAACCACCGGCACCACCCCGGACCAGAUCCCCUUUGGCCCGGUCGCAUCUUCGCUCACGAUCACUGGCUGGAAUCCCGGGCAUGCCGUCUAUGACGCGCGCCUAUUCUUCUCCCGGGCUGGACUCCCAGGGUCGAUAUAUCUUCGUCAAUGGCCGCGGAUCACCGGUCGACGCAAAACGAUACGGUCCCCUGCAGAUGCGCUCUGACGAUCACAUCGAAUCUCGCAUGGGUUCUCUGAACAUCUCAGAAACUAUCUCAGAGACCGCCGAGCUCGAAACGGUGCCCAAGUCGCCCUCUCAAUCAGGGUCCCCCGUCCUGAUGGCGCAGAGUUUUCCCCGCAUCGGUCGCCUGCGGCCGACUACACCCCUUUCUUUCCAGCCCCCCGCCAGCCCCUCCUUGCAUUCCUCCCCCGUGCUUGGCUCUAGAUACAACGAAUCCUACCCCGGCCACUCGGGCUCCUCCGUUUCCUCCAUGUCGAUUCCGUCGACCCCAACCAGCCUACGAUCUCGCAGCCCUAGUAUCUCCUCCCUGGAAACAAUCCCCGAUAUUCCUGAUGCCGAGAAUGAAGCACUUGAAGAGGAACGAAUCGCCGAGCUGAAAGCUGCCGCUGAUGCUGCCGACGCGGCAAGCAAUGCCAAUCGACGACGCGGGGCCUCCGAUGCGCCCAAUUCAUUUAGCACAAUGCGUGGAGGAAUGGGAUACGCUGCUCGGAGCGAUAAGCGCAAACGAUGGAGUGUCUGUGGUGCCGAACGACGUCAAGACCUCGACCUAGAGACUAUCUGGGAAGACUGA